CUUGGAUCAAUAUAAGCACACUUGGUUGCAAUGAAACCCAGGUUCUUCAGUGGGGUUUGCAGGGUUGCACUUAUUGGGUGAUAUUUUCCAAGAUGGGGUGUGGAAGCUCUGCUCCAGCAGUGGACUCGAAUAUAGUUGAUGAUGAAACUGCAUCUCCUCUGAACAAAGAUGAAUUUUCCAAAACACCUCACCUUUUGGUGGAUGGUGUCUGUAGCUGUGAUGUUGCUCAAGGAGAACUUGGUGAUUGUUGGUUCUUAUCAGCCUGUGCAGCCAUUGCCAGGGACAAACAGAUGAUGAGCAGAGUGAUGAGGGAUAUCAUAGAUAUUGACAUGACUGCAGAGGACUAUUCUGGGAAGCUAACCUUCCACUUCUGGAGAUUUGGCCAAUGGAAAACAGUCACCAUUGAUGACCUGCUGCCAAGCAAGAAUAGCAAGCUCCUUUUCUCCAGUUGUGAAAACCCUGAUGAGUUCUGGUUGCCUCUUUUGGAAAAAGCCUAUGCCAAGUUGCAUGGAACUUAUGAAGCUCUUGAAGGAGGGUUUGAAAUGGAUGGCAUGGUGGACUUGACUGGAGGACUGGCUGAAAUUUACAUGGUGGCAGGACAACCCAUGAGCAUUGACACUGAGAAAUUAUACUUCAAGAGACUCUACAGGGCCAUGGAAAAUGGUGCUUUUCUCACAUGUGGUAGGACUGGCAUGAGGCCAGAAAUAGCUGAUGGUUUGGUCAAUGGCCAUGCAUACACCAUCACUAAUGUGGCCUUUGUCCAGGUUGCUGACAGAGUUGAGCCAUUCAGGCUACUGAGGAUAAGAAACCCAUGGGCCAGUUCUAUGGAAUGGAAUGGGGAUUGGAGUGACACAGAUCAGGAGAGGUGGUCAAAGGUCAGUGAUGAGGUCAGAGCCCGCAUUGGCUACAAAAGUGUCAAUGAUGAUGGAGAAUUCUGGAUGGCAUUUGAAGACUUCAGGAGAGAGUUCUCAACAUUCUCUAUUUGCACUCUUGGCCCAGACCUAAAUGAUGACCUGUGGACAGAUGAUCCCCAGAAGACAAAGAUCCAUUACAUGUAUGGAGAAUGGCGUGGUUCAUCAGCUGGGGGAGCAACUGAGUCCAGUAACCCACACUCAAGCAACCCUCAGUACUUGAUAAGCAUUGCUCAGCCAGAUGAUGAUGAUCCUGAUGGGGAUCUGAGUGUGGUCAUUGCCCUCAUGCAAAUGUACAGGAGGAAGAACAUAACAUCCAUGGUAGAAUUCCGCAGCAUUGGAUUCAGAAUUUACAAACAAACUGAGAAGGACAGGAAAAUUACUGAGGAGGAAGUUGACUCACCUCUUGAAGGAUCAGGAAUGUACUUACCCAUCAGAGAGGUCACUGGAAGGUUUGAGAUGAAACCAGGAUCAUAUAUUCUGAUUCCAUCCACAGCAAAUGCUGGAGAGGACAACAAGUUCAUGCUGAGAUUUUAUGCAGCAAAGCCAUUGAUUUUUCAAGAAAUAUAACUCUGCAAAACCAAAAUUUUAUGCCAUUUCAAUAUGUACAGAUUGAAGCAUUGCAAUCAGCAUAGUUGCACAAUCUGUGCUCAUCAGUGAUAAUAAUGACUUGCAAGCAGGGAAGUUUCAGUUAUCUGAGAUCCUGUGGGUUGAAUUGAACUCAAAUCUAUUUUAAUACUCUUCAACUGAGCUCAGCAAUGUCAAAUACAGUGGCCCCCGCCUAACAGACCUCCCGUGUAAGGGAUUUUUGCCAAACAGACCAGCUCUGCAAGCAGUUUUUCCUCCCGCCCAACAGACAAAAUCCACCAAACAGACUUCUUUUGGCUUAAAAUUAGUGUUGAAAAUUAAAAUUUUCAAUUUUUAUGUAAUUGAAUUUGUGUAAAGGACUUUUUGUCUAACAGACUUGUCCCUUGCACGAAUCAAGUCCAUUAGAUGGGGGUUGACUGUAUGUUCGUUUUGGUGGGGCCUUACAGUUUCUGGAAACUGAUCUUGAAUGAAUAUUUUUUCACAAGCAAUAAUCCAUGUACUGUAAUUGUCAAGCACUUUUGUGAAGCUAAUGAUGAUAGCUCAUCUUAACCUAGUGGCAUUGAAGAUCUCUGUCAGAUAUAAUAUCAAAACAUUUUUGAGGAAUGAAAUAAAUGGAAUUCUGACAAAAUGAUUGUAUUUCACUGCCUGUGUAUAAAUGUAUCACAUAAAAAAGACAGCAUAUUUUGCAAAUCAGGACAGAUAUGACACAUCUGAGGUACAGUCAACCCUGGCACAAGGGGCUUAAUUUGUACAACAGA